AUGAGCCUACCAAACGUAUUCUUCAUUACGGGAACAGCAACUGGCUUCGGUCGAGAGCUUGUCCUCCAACUCAAUGCGCUGAAACAGAAGGUUAUAGCAACGGAUCGAACGAUUGAUGGAAUAAAAGACUAUGAGCAACUCGAGCAUGUCUCAAUAAUGAAACUCGAUUUGAACAGCGACGAAGAAGAAAUAGCUGGUAUAGUGCGCGAUGCUAUCAAGAUACACGGCCACGUUACGCAUCUCAUCAACAACGCCGCUUACUCAGUAACUGGAUGCGUCGAGGAAGUCCCACUAUCUAUAGCACAACGUGAAUUCAACGUCAAUUACUGGGGUACAAUUAAAGUAACCAACUCAUUCCUUCCUCACUUCCGCGGACGCACGAGUGGAGAAAAAUUCAUAUUGACGGUCUCCUCGAUAGUCGGCAUCAACGUAUGGCCAUAUUUCAGCUACUACGCUGCUUCCAAGUACGCGAUUGAGGCAUCGUUUGAAGCACUCAAGAUGGAGACUCAGCACCUUGGCAUCAAGGUGUUGAUGGUCGAACCAGGCUACUUCCGUACCAGCUUUCUCAAAGAGGGAAGCAACGUACAGCCACCUGGGAACCCAAUUGCGGACUACGAGCCCAUCAGAGGAUCUAUGGGUAAGGAGUUAAAAGAGCAGAAUGGUGCUCAAAUCGGCGAUCCUAAAGCUGGAUGCGAAAGGAUCAUCGAGCUGUUGAUGCACACCGGCCUUGCAAAGCAGAUAAGUAACGGUGAAAUACCCACUAGAGUCGCAUUGGGAUCUGACAGCUACGAGGGCAUUAUAAAGAAAGGUCAAGAUCUUAUUGAUAACGCCAACAAGUGGAAACAGUUUUCAGUGUCUACUGACUAUAAGAAUUGA